AUGGAGGCGGGCGCGGGGGGCGCGGGGAACUACGCGUACGGCGGCAUGGGCGCGGACGGGUCCCCCACGCAAGACCAGGAUGGAGAUCUGCCCACCAUGGACGAAGCGCGCCAGCCGCUCUCUCGCAAGGUCCACCUCAAGUCGGAGCUGAUCUCUCCGUACCGCCUCGUCAUUGUGAUGCGCUUCGUCAUCACCGUCCUCUUUCUCCGCUGGCGUAUCAUCAACCCCGUGUGGGACGCGUACGGGCUCUGGCUCGUGUCGAUCAUCUGCGAGGUCUGGUUCUUCUUCUCCUGGAUUCUCGAUCAGUUUCCGAAAUGGAACCCGAUUCGGCGGGAAACGUACAUGGACCGGCUGUCGCUGCGCUUCGAGAAGCCCAACGAGGACUCGCAGCUCGCAGCCGUCGAUCUGUUCGUAUCAACGGUGGAUCCGAUGAAGGAGCCGCCGCUGACGACGGCCAACACGCUGCUGUCGAUCCUGGCCGUCGAUUACCCCGUCGAGAAGGUCGCGUGCUACUUAUCCGACGAUGGCGGCUCGAUGCUGACUUUCGACAUGAUGGGCGAGACGGCGGAAUUCGCGCGCAUCUGGGUGCCCUUUUGCAAGAAGUACAACAUCGAGCCGCGCGCGCCCGACGUUUAUUUCAUCCAGAAGGUGGAUUUUCUGAAGGACAAGCUCGAUACUUCGUUUGUGCUUGAGCGUCGCUCCGUGAAGCGGCAGUACGAGGAGUUUAAAGUGCGCAUCAACGCGCUCUGCGCGCGCUUCCAGAACGUGCCGGCCGACGGGUGGACGAUGCAGGACGGCACGCCGUGGCCCGGGAACAAAUCCCGCGACCAUCCCGGCAUGAUCCAGGUGUUCCUCGGGCCUAACGGCGGCGCGGGGUCGGACGGCAUGCCGCUGCCGCGGCUCGUGUACGUGUCGCGUGAGAAGCGGCCGGGGUACAAUCACCACAAGAAGGCCGGAGCCAUGAACUCGCUGGUGCGCGUCGCGGCGGUGCUGACGAACGCGCCGUACAUUCUGAAUCUGGAUUGCGAUCAUUACAUCAACAACUCGCGCGCGCUUCGGGAGGCGAUGUGCUUCAUGAUGGACCCGAACGUGGGGCGGCGCGCGUGCUACGUGCAGUUCCCGCAGCGAUUCGACGGCAUCGACCCCAGCGAUCGAUACGCCAACAACAACACCGUGUUCUUCGACAUUAACUUGCCCGGGCUUGACGGAGUGCAAGGGCCCGUAUACGUCGGAACUGGUUGCUGCUUCCGGCGGCACGCGUUGUACGGAUUCGACCCGCCCAAGAAGGAGAAGAAGUCGCGCAACGGCAUCUGCGCGCUCUGCCACUGCAUCUUCUGCUGCGGGGGUUGCGGCGGGCGCAAGCAGAAGAAGGCCGCGGAGCUGCAGGCGCUGGCGGAAGGCGGAGGGCUGAGCGACGGGAAGAGCAAGGGGAAGGGGAAGGGGCGCAAGGGGAAGGGGAAGAGCGGGCGCAUGGAGCGGAUCGCGGAGGGGAGGGAGGAGGUUGCGGCGAUGGCUAUGAAUGCGAUGGGCAUGGGGAUCGACGACGUGGAAGGCAUGACGGAGGAGGACGAGAAGGGAAGCCUGAUGGCGCUGAAGAAGUUCGAGAAGCGGUUCGGCGCGUCGCCCGUGUUCGUGCUGUCCACGUUCCACGAGGAGGGCGGGGGCGUGGCGUUCACGGGCCCGGGAUCGACGCUCAAGGAGGCGAUCCACGUCAUCUCGUGCGGCUACGAGGAGGGCACGGACUGGGGCAAGGAGAUCGGGUGGAUCUACGGGUCCGUGACAGAGGAUAUUCUGACGGGCUUUAAGAUGCAGUGCCGCGGGUGGCGCUCCAUCUACUGCCAGCCCAAGCGCGUGGCGUUCAAGGGGUCUGCGCCCAUCAAUCUGUCCGACCGUCUGCAGCAGGUGUUGCGUUGGGCUCUGGGUUCCAUCGAAAUCUUCCUCUCCCGUCACUGCCCCAUCUGGUACGGCUGGAAGGCAAACCGUCUCAAGGUGCUGCAACGGCUGGCGUAUGCGAACACGGCGGUGUACCCUUUCACGUCGUUUCCGCUGCUCGCGUACUGCAUGCUACCCGCGAUCUGUCUGUUCACGGGGAAAUUCAUCAUUCCCGGGCUGACCACCACCGCGACGCUGUAUUUCGUCGGGCUUUUCGCGGCGAUUAUCGCGACGUAUGUGCUGGAGCUGAGGUGGAGCGGGGUGGGUCUGACGGAGCUGUGGAGAAACGAGCAGUUUUGGGUGAUUGGUGGCGUGUCGGCGCAUCUGUUCGCGGUGUUCCAGGGCCUUCUGAAAGUUCUAGCUGGCAUCGACACGAAUUUCACAGUCACUGCGAAACAGGCGGAUGACGGCGAGUUUGCUGAGCUGUACAUGGUGAAGUGGACCACGCUGCUGAUUCCCCCGAUGUUCCUCAUCAUUAUCAACGUCCUCGGGAUUAUCUCGGGACUUGCUCAGGCGAUGAAUAUGGGGACGGUCGGGUGGGGGACAAUGUUCGGCAAGAUUUUCUUUUCGCUCUGGGUGAUUCUGCAUCUUUACCCUUUCCUGAAGGGUAUGAGCGGGAGGAACAAGCGCGUGCCGACGCUGGUUAUCGUGUGGUCGAUUCUGCUCGCCUCGGUGUUUUCGCUGCUCUGGGCGGAUAUCAACCCGUGGGGUGAGCAGGCGACUGGGCCUACUGCCGAAGAGUGCGGCAUUCGCUGCUAA